GUCUGUCUGUCAGUGCGUGAACAACAAUAGUGAAAGUAAUUGAAUAAUUAUUAUUUUUAAGAAAGUGUGUUACAGUUAGACUCAAUGUGUGUCAAGCAGUACUCAAUCAAAAUUUUCCCAGCGUUGAGUUAUUGAGUCGAGUUAAUUUAGUUUUUUGUUUUUCUUUGCCGUACCGAAGUAUUAAAUACAUUUUAUGGCUUCAAGUUCAUUUCAAGAGUGCCAAAAGAAAUACAUUGUUCGUGACUGAGAACUCAUCGGCUGAUAACGAAACUUCAAUUUAGUCUCAAAGUAUUUACACAGUUGAUAAGUUUUACGUGAGAAAGCAACAAUGCAAAGUCGUGGCAAAACUCAAGAGUUAAAACAAAAUGGACAUUCAAGUGCGGAUGCUGUCGAUGAUCCAUCCGGGAAAUUAAAAUCAACAAUUGAUGCUAACAAGACACAUCCAACUGUGUACAUUGUAUUCUUUUCUCUACUUUUGGAUCUUCUGGCGUUCACAAUGAUACUCCCAUUACUUCCAUCUCUCUUGGAACAUUAUCGUGUUAACGACAAAGGCGGAUUAUACUCAACUCUUUCAAAUAGCAUCAAAUUCUUCAGAGAACUUGUCGGUGCCCCAGAACGUUACACUUCAGUAUUAUUUGGAGGCUUUCUAGGAUCAAUGUUUAGUUUCUUGCAAUUCAUUGUGAGUCCAAUAGCUGGUGGAUUGUCUGAUUAUUAUGGACGGAAACCGAUCCUAUUGUUAAGUCUCACUGGAAUUAUGUCGUCUUACGGCUUAUGGGCACUUUCAAAGAACUUUGGGAUCUUUGUUCUCGCAAGAUUCAUUGGUGGACUAAGUAAAGGCAACAUAAGUUUAAGCAUGGCAAUCAUCACAGACGUUUCAAAUAAACAAAAUCGAGGCAAAGGGAUGGCUUUAGUUGGAAUUGCUUUUUCAUUGGGAUUCAUUCUUGGACCGAUGAUUGGUGCAAUCUUCUCACGCUUCUCGGAUAAAUCUAAUGACAAUUGGUUUAUCUUUCCUGCUCUCUUUGCAAUGUGUCUAGCUGGUCUAGAUGUUUUGUUUUGUAUCUUCUUCUUAAAGGAAACCCUGCCAUUAGAAAAACGUGCUAAGACCGUCAUAAACUCAAUUUCACAAGCUCUUGAACAUGUCAGCAUUAAAUCACUUUUUCGUUUCGAUGCUGUGAAAAAUCUUUCUAAAGCAGAUUUAGAAUCGCUCAAGGAACUUGGAUUUAUUUAUUUCACUUAUUUGUUCCUUUAUUCUGGAUUGGAAUUCACCGUCACUUUCUUAAUGUUCCAUAAAUUUGGAUUCAACUCAAUCGAUCAAGCAAAAAUGUUUCUUACGACAGGUGUCAUCAUGGCUUUACUUCAAGGCGGUGUCGUGAAAAAAAUUAAAAUGGAAAAAACAAAACAAGCAGCCGUUCUUGGACUCAUACUCAUAGUUCCUUCAUUUGUUGUCGUUGGAUUAGCUAAAAAUGUCUUUUGGCUAUAUUUUGGAAUGAUUUUAUUCGCAAUUUCGACUGCUUUUUGUGUCACUUGCAUGACAACUCUCACAGCAAAGUAUGGGAAUUUUGACCAGAAGGGAACCGUCCUCGGAAUCUUCAGAUCUCAUGGUGCUCUUGCAAGAGCUCUCGGGCCAAUCGUUUCAUCGACUGCGUUUUGGUUAAUUGGAUCAACACCAACGUACUUAAUCGGAGGAAUCGCUCUUUUAUAUCCAACUGUGAAGCUUUACAAACUGAAAUUAUCUUGAGAUUUCAACAAAAUAUGACAUUUUACUGUCACUCAUAUAAAAGUUACAAACAAUUUUAAUUUUCUUUGUAAAAUAAUGAACAGCAAUUCAUGAUUCAAUGUAAAAAUAAACUAAAGAAAAAAGUUUCAUUGCAUCACAUAAAACAUUCCAUUACAAAUCAUUUUUAUAAUAAAAUUCUCUUUUUUCACAACAUUAUC